AAUAUAGCUUGCCAUCACUUACAUCAGAUCUCUGCCAGAAUAUAGCUUGCCAUCACUUACAUCAGAUCUCUGCCAGAAUAUAGCUUGCCAUCACUUACAUCAGAUCUCUGCCAGAAUAUAGCUUGCCAUCAUUUACAUCAGAUCUCUGCCAGAAUAUAGCUUGCCAUCACUUACAUCAGAUCUCUGCCAGAAUAUAGCUUGCCAUCACUUACAUCAGAUCUCUGCCAGAAUAUAGCUUGCCAUCACUUACAUCAGAUCUCUGCCAGAAUAUAGCUUGCCAUCACUUACAUCAGAUCUCUGCCAGAAUAUAGCUUGCCAUCACUUACAUCAGAUCUCUGCCAGAAUAUAGCUUGCCAUCACUUACAUCAGAUCUCUGCCAGAAUAUAGCUUGCCAUCACUUACAUCAGAUCUCUGCCAGAAUAUAGCUUGCCAUCACUUACAUCAGAUCUCUGCCAGAAUAUAGCUUGCCAUCACUUACAUCAGAUCUCUGCCAUCAGGAGUUUUUUCUUAUGUGAUAUGUGUAAACUCAGCAGAGUUUUUUUUUUAAAAACAGUAUCUGUUAGGAUGACUUUUUACUGUCUUGUGAAUGUUAGCUAUUUCAUUUAUCCUCAGAUGUGUUUGAAGGCCUCCCUUGUUAGAUCAGACUGUCAGAUUCCUUGGUAUUCUACUCUGUAAUCCCCAUGCCUUUGCUCUAACACCUGGUUCCCACUAUAGGGCCGAUCCAAAUCAAACUGUGCUGGCACAGAUAUUUUAUUUUCACAUUGUCCUUUCUAGCAUGGUUCUAACAGCUAUGGCGGAUGCAUAACCAGACCAGGCCAGUACAACACAGCAUAGUUUGGUUCUGUAGUAUGAAAGGGUAUUGAGAAACCUCUUAGUGAGUCUUACCCAUGGUUCUCUCCUUGAUCUGGCAUAUCCUUGUUUACAUGUCGUCCCACUGGGCACAGACGUCAAUUCAACGUCUAUUCCACGUUGGUUCAACGUAAUUUCAUUGAAAUAACAUUGAUUCAACCAGUGUGUGCCCAGUGGGAUGUUGUCACUGUUACACUCAUAGAGAUGAUAGGUUCAUCGUCCUUAGGAUACAAUUUACCCAUUCAUGUGCCAUAACGUGUAAGUGACAUCGAUGUCUUCUCUUCAUUUCGCAUAGAGUUGUAAUUGAAGACAAAAUGAAGUACUGUACCCUAGGGAACAGUGGCGGCUGCUGAGGGGACGGCUUAUAACGGAUGGAACGGAGCAAAUGGAAUGGCUUAAACACAUGGAAACCAUUUGAUACCAUUCCACCAACUCCGCUACAUCCAUUACCACGAGCCCAUCCCCCUUCACCCAUUACCACGGGCCCGUCCCCCUUCAUCCAUUACCACGAGCCCGUCCCCCUUCAUCCAUUACCAUGGGCCUGUCCCCCUUCAUCUAUUACCCCGAGCCCAUCCCCCUUCAUCCAUUACCACUAGCCCGUCCCCCUUCAUCCAUUACCAUGGGCCUGUCCCCCUUCAUCCAUUACCCCGAGCCCAUCCCCAUUCACCCAUUACCACGGGCCCGUCCCCCUUCAUCCAUUACCAUGGGCCUGUCCCCCUUCAUCCAUUACCCCGAGCCCAUCCCCCUUCACCCAUUACCACGGGCCCGUCCCCCUUCAUCCAUUACCAUGAGCCCGUCCCCCUUCAUCCAUUACCACGAGCCCUUCCCCCUUCACCCAUUACCACGGGCCCGUCCCCCUUCAUCCAUUACCACGAGCCCGUCCCCCUUCAUCCAUUACCAUGGGCCUGUCCCCCUUCAUCCAUUACCCCGAGCCCAUCCCCCUUCACCCAUUACCACGGGCCCGUCCCCCUUCAUCCAUUACCACGAGCCCAUCCCCCUUCACCCAUUACCACGAGCCCGUCCCCCUUCAUCCAUUACCACGAGCCCAUCUCCCUUCAGCCAUUACCACGAGCCCGUCCCCCUUCAUCCAUUACCACGAGCCCAUCUCCCUUCAGCCAUUACCACGAGCCCGUCCCCCUUCAUCCAUUACCAUGAGCCCGUCCCCCUUCAUCCAUUACCACGAGCUUGUCCUCCCCAAUUAAGGUGCCACCAACCUCCUGUGCUAAGGAAAUGUAAUUGUGAUUGUGUUGUGGGUCGUCCACCCUUCAGCCAUAUUCCCUUUUGCCUUCCACCAGAGGACACUAUUUUUCUGUCUCUUCUCCACUCACUGUCUGAUCCACUCAUGCUCUCUCUUUUUAACGGUCGCCACUUGUUACCACAGCCACAAAGUAAAAAAAACAACGCAUUUUUCUAAAAAUGUAUAUUCUUAAAAUGUGAUUCAAAACCUAACCCGAACCUUAACCACCCUCCUAAAUUUAUGCCCAAACCUAACCUUAAAUUAAGCACAUUUUUGUUUUCAUACAUUUUUACGAUAGCCAAUUUCUACUUUUGGGCUGUGGUAACUAGUGGAAACCAUUUCUUUUCCGUUCCCUCUUCAAAUGAAUGACGUGGUGCUUAACCUAUAUUAAACUAUAUCUCUACAGCUGUCUGUCUGUGGUCUCCGUGCAUUCAACAUUAGGCCUACUUUUGAAUAAAUAAAGACGAGCCAUAUCAGUGAGCUUUGGAAAUAGUGUCGUGGCAAAUUCAACUUUUUAAAGAGGCAAUCAGCGGUAACAACAUACUUUUUUAGACUUUUAAAUGAAUGAUAUGUACCCACGGAUUCUUGAAGAAUAUAACUUAUGCAUGUCUCAAGAGCUUAGUUCAACUGUCACACUAAAAUAUAAGCUUGUGUUACUCCAAUGUUUGGAAACAAAAAAUGGAAACAAACACUAUAUAGCCUCAAAACAUGGUUAAAACAACACUUUUGAUGGAUCCUUACAUGCAUAGCUGUCUAUGGAUUGGAGAGUGAAUACAUUUAUCCAGCACAAUCCCUCAUAUUUUUACCAAACCAGGAGUGAGGGUGCCGUUGCUAUUGUUUUUGCUGCUGAUUUCCAGUUUAAUGUAUUCCUGAGAGAGCAACCUGCAAAGAGUAAGCCUAUGAAGAAUGAUGGUAAACCAAGAUUAAAAUAAUUAUUGUAUGAGAUUCAACCCAAUAAAUCAUUUCCCCCACGUGACUUCUAACUUGUUCAAAUGGGAUGGUCUCCAGACAGAGUCACCUUCUCCGCAAUGCUCUAGAGUAGAAAUUUAACUCGGAUUGUAAACCUUGUGGCGGUUGAUUAGAGGUGGCAGCCUGACAGUUAUACAAGCCAAUCGAGUCGUUUGGUAAUCAGCCUAGCUGUUUCUGCAUCUUGGUGGAGUAAAACAACAAAAAAAGAUCACUAUGAAUAUCCAGUCAGUUAUCAACAGGGAAGUGUUUGCCCCCCGGGAUGAGAGGAUACUAGUGGCUGUGGAGGUUAAGAGGAGAAAAAGGAAAAAGGUUCCCUUUCUUCCCACUGGAGGCAAGGGAGAAUAUAUGACAUACAUCUGUCUGUCAGUGACCAAUAAGAGACCAGCCCAGCUCCUCAUCACCAAGGUCAAGCAGUUUGGAGGCUCUGCCCCCUUCACCAGGAGGUCACAGUGGAGCGUGGAGCAGCUCCGCCAGGUCGAUGGCAUCGACCCCAACAAGGACUGCCCAGAGUUUGACCUGGUAUUCGACAAUGCCUUUGACCAAUGGGUGGCCAGCUCAGCGGCAGAGAAGUGCAUCUUCAUCCAGAUCAUGUACCACGCCUGUCAGACUUACUGGGAGGGCAAGGAGCGGGUCCCUGGUGGCCUGGGUAGCCCAGCUGGAGACCAGCAGAAGGACCAGAGAGCUAGUCCAGGGGCCCAGGUUAGCCCAGGAUCCCAAGGGGGCCAAAGAGGAGGUCCAGGGGCCCAGGCUAGACGGAAGAGCACAGUGGGUCCCAGGCCCCGCCAGACUGAAUUUGUCAACUGUCAGUCCAAACUCACAGGAGAUGCCUGCACUGUGAAUCUGGUCAUCUACCGUUGCAAGGUCUUCUUCAACCGCAUGAAGAAGGGGAUGGUUUCAAAACAAAGCAGUCCUCAGGCUGGAGCAGGUCACAGAGCAAGUCCCAGUGGGCAGCGCCCCCCAGGGGGCAGUAUGGCUAGUGUAGUCCAGAGGGCCAGCCAGGCCCUGCAGGAGCGUGGGGAGAGACUGGGCCGUGCCGAGGACAAGACAGUAGACCUGAUGCACAAAGCCCAGCAGUUUGCAGACACUGCCCACAAGCUGGCUCUGAAGUAUUCAAACUAGAGGCAUCUCUUCCUGUGGGUCCGCUCCUGGAGUCCGUGGUCCUAUUUCACCUGUUGAUUCUAUGGAUAGUAACUUCUAUACUAAUGUUGUGCUGAGGCAUAGUUUAGUUGAAUCCCAGUGGAUGCUGCAAUUCCUCUGUGAAGAAUCCUAUGUUCUGAGAGGAGUGGAGGGUUGUGGUACUUGCUCUUAGGACAUUGACUAUGUCAAAAGGACAUGGAAACCUUUACAGACGGGCAGUGGGGAGGACGGCCCAGUUAUGGACCUCGGCGUUUAAGAAUGACCUUUAACCUCCAGAAUGGGACCUGUGGAUCACAUGACAGUGUCGUUUCAUGGCAUAGCUAGCUGGUUUACUGGAUGGCCACGUUGUCACAAUGCUCCCACUGUUUGAGUGUACCUGUCUUCCCUGCUUCAGUAGCCUGUGCUCUGAUGACAAGGACUUUAGAUUUUGGGGGUUUCACAUGUUUUUAGAUAUUUUAAUAUUGGCACAUCUGAAUUCUCAGUAAAAAGCUUUUCAGGAUUCACGUGUCUUCUCCGCUAUGGAAGUAUAUUUCAAUGGUGGUUUUGCUCGUUACAUAAAGAAUUGAUCAUUUAUGACCGUAAACAGGCACACGCAUAGAGAGCAGCUGGUGAAUGUUUGAUUUAGAGUGAUACUGGAGAAUCCAUUUUACCCAUGGGAGGGGUUACCAAUUACACAGUCAUUUAAUGUUUGAAUGGUGUUGAAUGCAUAAGUAUGGCUGUUUCAGGUUACUGCCUUAGUUUUGUGCUAGCUGGUGCAGGGGUAUGAGGAACACCUGGUGCAGGGGUAUGAGGAACACCUGGUGCAGGGGUAUGAGGAACACCUGGUGAAAUGCUUCUUUAUCUUUGCAUGGUGAUGCUUUAGUAAGUACAGUCUUGAUUUCUUGGCACUUUCUAAAUAUGACUAUUGUAUGGAUUCCUAUAUUGCACUAUAAUUUGCUUUAAUUUGCUUCCACUAUUUUUCACUGCUAAAUUCCUCCACUACCCUCUCCCUGCUUGCAUCAUCCAUUGAUUAGUCACUAAUCACUAUUCAAACCAUUGAUUAGUCACUAAUCACUAUUCCAAAUUCAAGUUGAUCAUCUAUCUGAUCCUUGUCUAUUGUCUUUGUCUAAUCAUGUGUGACUCAUUGAUCCCCGGUCUUGUCACUUAUGUGUCAUGUGUUUUUGUCUGUUGCACCAUGUGUAUCGUAAUUACAUGUCUCAUGACCUUUUAAUCUUUAAUUGCUGGUUCCGUGUCAGAGACUUGAGUGCAGCCGGUAUAAUGGUGGGUUCGUGUAUGUAGACCAGGGCUCUUCUAGGUGAGGUUGUAAGCAAGAUAUGGAAUAUUGACUGUGAAGGAUUGCGUGUGUGAUCAUAAUCUCGUCCACACAGCCGGCUCUCUAUGUGGUAGCAAUUGAGCCUGGGGACGAGGUUCAUGUGAUGACGGUUCAGAAGGCCACUGUCGAGAAGAGACUUCUGAGUUGGUGAGUGAUGAGGGUCACAGAGGCUUGUUGUAAGGUUGAGUGCUGUUGCGUAGGCCUGUGGUUGUUGAAUUUCUUUCGAUACCUAAUAGUGUUUUAAUUGUACACAACACUAAUAAAUAAAUAAAUAAAUUGAUAUGCUUUAUCAGCUGGGACAACAUGUCCCACUUCAUGCUUAACCUGUCAUGGAAUGAGAGGGAAGCCUAAUCUGUCUUUCAACUACUCGUAUCUGAAUGAGACUUAAUUGUGGCAGUUAACUAAGGAGACAAAUCCUAAAAUGGCACUGCAUGCUUUCUGUUGCUAUAUUACUGUUGGUGAUCUGAUGAAAGAUGAGUUGAAAAGUGCCUAAACUACCUUUUUUUUAUAUUCUGAUCAUGGAGUUGAAACCAUGAACUGAUGUUAUUCCUAGAAAUGUUGACUAUUUAACAUAGUCUUAGAACAGUUCUUGAAGCUCUGUUUAGUGUCAAUGUUAACAUGAUAUUUGUACUGUUUUUAAUGAGAACUUCAAUGACCUUAACACUCCUCUUUUUGACCCAAUAAAUGAAAUGGGACCUG